AAAUUAUUGAUUAUUUUGAUGCAAUUUAAAUAUAAUACAUCGACAAAGGCCAAGUCGAGAUUUCGACUCGCAGACGAAUCAGUCGGUUACGAUUGUUGACAAAAACUCUGGAAAUGAAUCAGCUUAAAACGAAAUAUUUCUUUUACUAAUUAUCCAUUCUGUACUGUUUCGGAGGCGGGGCCCGGGGUAAUCACCGUUUUCAAAGCAAGCGACAGGUGUACCGGUACCGUAUGUAAAAACGCCAUUUACCGUGGCGCUUCCAAUGCAAUUACGGUACCCCUGACUGCCGGUGGUGUUUGAUAAUAAGAUUCGGAUUGGGAUUUCGAAAACAGCGUCUGUGACUGUGGCACUGUGUGCAUCACGGGUGACUAUAAGACUAGUUUAUGGAUAUUCUAAAAGGUUAUAUAUUGGAGUAGAUUUAUGCAACUACUCGAUAUUGACACCCUAGUAAAUGUGACUACAAUAUGGCUAUUUACGCAGUCUGAAAAAUGAUGUUUGGUCAUCUACGUUAGAAAGCACAGAGCAGCUGAAAAUUUUAACGGAUUAUUGACUUCUCUUCUCGCCGACUGCUCCCCGUGCGUAGAGAUGACGUGCUGUGGUGUCCAGACUAUUGAUGCGUUCUGCAGUAUCCAGCUGCUCAAUGGCUCGGAAGUGAACAUGAAUUUAGAGUAUAAGAUGAGAGGAAGUGAUGUUCUUGAUCGAGUCUUCAAUCACAUGAAUCUGCUUGAAACUGAUUUCUUUGGGCUCAGAUUCAUCGAUAAAGACAACCAAACUCAUUGGUUGAAUGCUGAAAAACAAGUACUAAAGCAGUUAAAAAAUGUGAGUCCGAUGACAUUGUACUUUGGGGUCAAGUUUUACGUGGAGGAUCCGUGUCGGUUGUCCGAGGAAGUUACCAGGUACCAGUUCUUUCUGCAGCUGAAGAUGGACAUGCUUCAGGGAAGACUUCCCUGCAGCUUCAACAUGGCUUCAGAACUCUUUGCCUAUGCAGUGCAAUGUGAGUAUCAAAGAGCAAGCUCUGAUGUUUAAUGGAUGUUGAUGUUGCUGGCUUUCCAUAGUUGUGGUUGAUCGGAUCAAUUUCAACUCUUUGUUAGACUGGCCAAAAUUCAAAAUGAAUCAAUUUGGAAUAACUUUAUGUGUAAAGUAUUUCAGAAUUGGGUUUAUGAGAAAUAUGCAUUUUACAGGCGGAUGGAGUUCUAUACAUGUCCUUUCUUUUUCUUUCUCUUUUUUUUUCAUACUUUCUGAUUUUUCUUGUUCCGCCUUUUUCUAAUGUCAUGAACUCUUGUAAUGUCACUCAUAAGCAACAUUCUUGUUCUUCAGAAACUGAAACCACAUGUAAUGAGAGAUUAUUAAUUCUUAAUAUUUAUUACAACCUUGAAAGGCUUAAAUUUGAUUACUUUGGAUUACCUAAAACAAUCAUCUGUCAAAUUUUAAUCUGUUUGGACAAAUGCAUCACAUCACAUUCCAUUGCCCGGCUCCAGGUUAUCGAUUGCCGUUAUUUGUCAUCGUAGGCCCCGACUCCAUCACACGCAGACCCCCAAACGCUGAAUCCAAGAGCUUGACAAGCCCAAAUUUUAUUCCAGCGGGUAUUGGUCUCGUCAAAAUAGUCUCAACGAAGUAUGACGACACUUCAUUACUGCCAAGCCCUGGCAAUGAACAAAUGUUUCAUUGCAGUGUGGAUUACUCCUUUUAAUUUCGGAAACUUGAGAGGGGCAUACUAGCAUGGGUGAAAGUCUCUUCACUCGUUCCUAAGCAAAAUGGCUAGUGGAGAAUGACCUCUCUUAUGAUCACUAUGGCAAUAUCUGAGGAAAUUCGUCACAGUGAAGUUAUAUUGUAUUUUGCAUUGUCUUCGCUUAUUUCCAUCUACCUGUUUUGUUAUCAAGUUUCUUUGGUUGAUGAUAAAAACUCUAUUAAAAUCAAAGUGAUUGUUAAACUUAUAUCCCUUGUGAAAUAGUGAAAAUUAUUCAGAU